GUUACCUGCGGAACGCGGGAGGUUUGGCUCAGGCACUGUGAGGCUUUCUCUUUCCGGGGGAGAGCCCAGCGCUCUUCCCUGGUCCAGCACGCGAGGCAAACUCGGCCCCUGGCGCGGCGCAAUGGAGGUAGUGGAGGCCGCCGCCGCUCAGCUGGAAACACUGAAAUUCAGUGUCACCGGCUUUGGCGUUGGCCAGUGUCCGGGGGUGCCGUCCCCGGACUCGGGUCCCGCGCCAGGUCCGCAGCCGUCGGAGUCGCAGGAGAAGUGUCCGGGCCCUGAGCAGGACGUGGAGGCCCAGCCUCCGCUGAGUGCCGACGCGGGCGGGAGCUCCGCGCCGCAGCCGCAGUCGGAAGGGCCGCCCCCCGGGGGCCGCGUCACCCGCCUGGGCCCCGCGGAGCCGGCGCGCAGGACCCGCAAGCACCUCGGCUCAGAGACCUCGGACUCGGAUUCAGAUCGGACUCAGGGACAGACAGAUUCAGAUAGUUCUAGUUCUUCUUCUCUAUCAUCUUCCUCAUCAUUCUCAUCAUCUUCCUGUGUUUAUCACUUCCUUCCCGUGCUAUCAGAGGGAGGAAUGAUGAUUUAAAACCAAGUUGAGAAUGAAAAUAAGAAUUUUCCUCUUAAAACAAAAGAUGAGUUACUUCUUAAUGAACUACCUUCUGUUGAAGAACUCACUAUUAUUCUGCCUGAUGAUAUUGAACUAAAGCCUCUUGGGAUGGUUUCAAGUAUUAUUGAACAAUUAGUAAUAAUUGAAUCUAUGACUAACUUACCUCCAGUUAAUGAAGAGACUGUAAUUUUUAAAAGUGAUCGACAGGCAGCAGGAAAGAUAUUUGAGAUAUUUGGUCCUGUUGCACAUCCAUUUUAUGUGCUAAGGUUUAAUUCUUCAGAUCACAUUGAGAGUAAAGGUAUUAAAAUAAAGGAGACUAUGUAUUUUGCUCCAUCAAUGAAAGACUUCACCCAAUAUAUAUUCACAGAAAAACUUAAACAGGAUAGGGGAUCAGAUGCAUCAUGGAAGAAUGAUCAGGAACCACCACCAGAGGCCUUAGAUUUCAGUGAUGAUGAAAAAGAAAAAGAAGCCAAACAGAGGAAAAAAUCUCAGAUUCAGGGCCGGAAAAAGCUAAAAUCUGAAUUUAAUGAGCCAGGUGAAGAUUUUCUUGAAGUCCACCAGAGUUGGAAUGCUUAUAAUUCUUCUUCAGAGCAUGCAAAAGGAUAUCAUAACAGAGAAUUCACAAGAGGAUUUCCCAGGGGCAGAUAUCCUCGACCUAGCCACAACAGGCCUCCACCUCAGCAGUUUUAUAACCCAGACCAUAUGGCAUCUCAGGAGACUUCGGGUUUUCCGCCCCAGAGACAAGAUAAUCCUGUUAUGUCACAGUAUCCCUUUCCUCCUCCAGUGUUUGACAUGCAUAACUUUUCACUCCCUCCACCCCCACCCCCACCCCCGGCCCCAGCUGUAAACAUGGGUUGGGCUGCACCUAACAUGGCACCUCACCCUUUACUCAACAUACCAUACUCCUUGCCUCCACCCCCUCCACCCCUGCCUCCUCUACCCUCUGCUGGAGAGAAUAACUCUCCUCACUUUGGACCUUAUUACUAG